UUUAGGGUUUGAUCACUGCCUAGAUACAUUUUCUAAUAUUAGACCAUUUGCUUGAUUUGCCCCAGCUUCUCUGGUGAUUCUUGAGCACAUGGCCAUAUGCUGCCCAAUAGGAAUCCAGGAUUACCUUUUCCCUUCUGUAGCAACAGUGAGUUUGCUGCCUGGAUUCAUUAAUUAUUUUGUGCUCUGCCUUGGUCACAGUGUUUUGCAAACUGCUCUGCCCAGACUGAAUAAAGGGGAGGAAAGGAUGCGUACGAAUCCGUCUGCCGCCGUCCUGCAGUUUAAACUGUGUGCUUGACUGUAAAGAUGAAGAUUUCUCUCAGAAGAACUUUUAGCUUUAGCACUCAGACUCGGAUUUGACUUUUUCUUUUUUCCUGAAUGAACUCCGUCAUACAGUCCAGUAGCAUUACAUGAAAUGCUUUAGUUAUAAUGAUGAAAAGGCGGAAAGGGGGAUGACGUAUUUCGGAGGGGGUGUUUCGGUGGUGUGAGGAUUGCGGGCUGUGGUUGGGUAUGUCUGUGCCACGUGUCUGCGCUUGCACCUCUCUUCUCCACACAGAGGAUGUCGGACUGAGACCCUAGUGCGUCUGGUCAAAGUGGGUAAUCACAUUACACUGGGAGGAUCACAUCUUGAGAGGGAAUGUUGAGCGACCUGCUAUAAGACGACAUCAGCUGAUUUGGCGAAAUAAAUCUGUGAAGGACUUCAUUCUUUAUUUCUUUUCCGGUGGCUGAAUGAGCAUGCUGCAUUCCCUCUGUUCCAUCAUUUGGUUGAACCGCGGGUUCAAGUUGAGAAAAGUGGCCUGUUCAGCCAACACCGGCCAGGUCUAAGCCGUGUGUACCGCGCAUGCCUGUUAAUGAGCUUUGGUCAGAAGUGCUUAGCUUUUAACUAAACGUCCCACGGUACGACAUCAUUCGCACCCUCGCAAACUUUCAUCCCCAGUCCGACGUUCUUCUGUCUGGGGUGAUUGUCAUUUCAUACUCUGAAAAUGGCUGCCGAUGGCUUCCAGUACAGAUCUCUGUACUCCUACUGUAAGGACUGGGAGGAUGACAUUGACCUUGAGCCUGGUGAUAUCCUGACGGUCGACAAAGCGUCUCUGCUGUCGCAGGGCUUUAAAGAGGGAGACGAGCAGCACCCAAAAUGCCUCGGCUGGAUCUCGGGCUUUAACAAGCGAACCAAACAGAGGGGAAACUUUCCAGGGACGUACGUGCAGUAUUUGGGACCUGUGAAAAUGUCAGUGCCGUCCUGCCAGCCUCGUUCUCAGAGACCCCUUCCUGCUGUUCCCAGACCUGAGCCAACAGCCUCCUCGCAGGUUGCUCCAGUCCUGGACUUGACCAAACAGUUCACACACCCGGAAACUGCUCCUCCUAAUCUUAUUAAGUUGGUCGAAGCAAUUGAGCGGACAGGUCUGGACUCCAGGACACUAUACAGGACAUCCACUGCUUCAGCCUCUGAUAGACAGAACCCCGCUGACAUUUGUCGCUGUGCAGAGCUGCAGGAGUUGGACGUGGGACAGUGGGACAUUCAUGCACUCUCGGAGGCUCUCGUUCGGUACCUGCAGGAACUUCCUGCCCCCAUCAUCCCUCCCUCUGUUUAUACAGACCUUCAGGCAGCACUGCAACUAGAAUCAGAUGUUUCCUCCAUGAGAAGCCGAGUGCAGCUGCUGCAGGUACUGGAGAAGCCUGAAGUUCCACUGCAGAACCUUCUGACGCUGCAUUAUUUGCUCAAACACCUGGAGAAGGUCUGCCAGCACGCUGCGCAGAACGGCCUCGACAUUCACACCCUCGGCCAAAUCUUUGGCCCUCUGUUGAUCAGGGGCCCUGUGAGCGGGUCAGAGGAAGAUGAGGGGUUUCCUGCGGCUGCAGUUGAGAGACUUCUUUUGGGGAGAAUUUGGGAACAAGAGCCGACUCCUCCCGCUCUCCCUCCUAAACCGCCCAAAGCCAAAGCCAUGGCCUCAUCUGUGACCAAUGGAAACAGCAGCUUACUAAGUGAAGCUGAGUGGUACUGGGGAGACAUUUCAAGAGAGGAGGUGAAUGAGAAGUUGAGAGACACUCCUGAUGGUACGUUCCUGGUGCGGGACGCAUCAAGCAAAGUGCAGGGAGAGUAUACCUUGACCCUCAGGAAAGGAGGCAAUAACAAACUGAUCAAGAUUUUUCACCGCGGGGGGAAGUAUGGCUUCUCAGAACCUCUUACUUUUCUCUCUGUGGUGGAGCUCAUCAACCACUACCGGCAUGAGUCGCUGGCCCAAUACAAUGCCAAGCUGGACACUCGCCUGCUCUUCCCUGUGUCUAAAUAUCAGCAGGAUCAGGUGGUGAAAGAGGACAGUGUGGAGGCAGUGGGAGAGCAGCUGAAGGUUUAUCACGAGCAGUAUCAGGAGAAGAGUCGUGAAUAUGAUGUACUUUAUGAAGAAUACACACGCACAUCACAAGAGCUGCAGAUGAAACGAACAGCCAUAGAGGCCUUUAAUGAGACCAUCAAGAUCUUUGAGGAGCAGUGUGAAACCCAGGAGCGCUUCAGCAGAGAAAGCAUUGAGAAGUAUCGCCGAGAAGGCAACGACAAGGAGAUUGAGAGAAUUCAGAGCAACUCUGAGAAGCUAAAAUCCAGAGUGACAGAGAUUCAUGACAGCAAGAGUAAGUUGGAACUGGACUUGAAACGAAAAGCCUCAGACAAUCGAGAGAUAGACAAGAGGAUGAACAGCUUGAAACCGGACCUCAUACAGCUGAGGAAGAUAAGGGACCAUUACCUUGUAUGGUUGACUGAGAAAGGCACCAAACAAAGGAAGAUCAACGAAUGGCUGGGUAUAAAGAACGAAUCAGAGGACUUGUACUCUCUGUUGGAUGACGAUGACGAUCAAGCACAUCAUGAAGAGUGUACCUGGUACGUUGGGGACAUCAAGCGCACACAGGCGGAGGAUCUCCUGAGAGGCAAACGAGACGGCACCUUCCUCAUCAGAGACAGCCAGACCCAGAAGGGCUCCUACGCCUGCUCUGUAGUCGUGGAUGGAGAGAUCAAACAUUGUGUGGUUUACAAGACGGCCACGGGUUUUGGAUUUGCUGAGCCCUACAACCUUUACGGUUCCUUGAAAGACUUGGUCCUGCACUAUAAACACACCUCUCUGGUCCAGCACAACGACUCACUGAAUGUAACUCUGGCCUACCCGGUCCUCGCACAGCAGCCUAGAUGAGCACCGCCACACGACGGCCCAGGACACACAUAUAAAGCAUGAUUAAGCACAUUAUACAGAGCAAAUUAUACUAACACCAGACUUUUAUGUUUAUCCUAGAGAACAGAUAAGCACAGUAUAUUAUCGUAAGUAAACGUAUGGCUUUUUUUGUAAGCCCAUAGUUUUCCGUAUCAAUCAAAGUCAGCUGCAGUAAUUAUGGUAAGAUCACAGCUACUCUGUAUUUGUUGUCCCAGCACAAGAGAGAGGAAAGUGUCAUGUGAUUCCACGAAAGCUCGAACUAGUGUCGUAGUCCUGGAUAUUUUCGAUGAGGACACCAGGCCGGGGACGAGAUGAGGAAUUAACCGAAAGGUGCAGCUGUUGAUAAUCAAUCUUUUAGCUGUUAUGUCACUGUGUAAUUGUUUGGUAGUUCACUUCUGCCAACCAUAUGAAUAGAUUCCUCUUGAUGUGAGUUGUCCUAUAGAAGAUGUGAAACAAACCUUUUUUUAAUUAUUAUUAUUAUUAUUAUUAUUAUUAUUAUUAUUAUAUCAGACAUGUUCGAGGGACACUGAAGUCCUUUUAGCUUCUAAUCUGCCUCUUUAAAGCUAGUCGUCAUGGUCAGAAUAAAUAGCCAUCAACAAUUGUGUGCUUUUCUUUGAGAUAUUACACCACAGAGUUGGAAGUCUGGCAUCUUAAUGGUUUCUGUGGGCUGGUAUUGGUGCUUCCUGGUGCUUUAUUUGUGAUUCUUGUAACAUGAGAAUGAUGCAUAGCUAUAGAGAACUGUUAAGAUCCAGAGCAGAACAAAAGUGAUCCCAAAGCAACAACACGCACAGGAGCGUCCACUCGCUUAGAAAGGUUUUAAGCGGCAAAGCUUGUUAUUCAACAUGCACAAGCAAAAAUGGUAUGGAAAACCCUUUUGUGAUUUAAACCAGGAUAUAAUUACAGAUUUCAAGGAAAUUAUGAGGUGGAAUAUGUUCUGUUUGUAAUAGGAAAUGAGUCCUAAUGUUUGUUGGGCGUUUUGUAACUGUACACCCCUUAGUGUUUCAUCCUGUGACCUCGGCAUAUGGUCAGAUGAUACAUUGUUCUGAACAUCAUACAGUCGGCUGGAUGAAGAAACGUAUAUAUUAAGUGAGUGAUGAUUAAAUGCUUUUUAGCAAGUAAGAACCUGAGCAGUUUUGUGCUGGCUUACUAAGAAAGUAUAAUUAAAUGAGACAUACUUUGAGAGGAAGUGGCUUAAAAGUGCCUUCUGCCCAUGUGUCCUGGAGGAGCUUUCCUGUGAUUGGGGCGGUACAGAAUGCUUCACUUCCAUAGAUAUAUAUAUAUUAUAUACUCCUUGAACCCUACAGCCAAGUUAAGCAGGAGCUUACUUGCUUAUCAGAUGCAUAUAAAAAAGCACAACUACAUGAUUUUUAAAUUGAAAAAGGAGGAUCAUCUCAAACGCAUUCUGUUAUAUACUUUAAAAUAAAACGCUUUCUAAUUACAGAUCUGUUGGGAGUAUCAAGAUAAACAAGACUGUAUGAUAAAUGAAAGGACCUCUUAUUUGUAAUGUUUAACAUUAGCGUUUAAGCUUUUAAUGAGGUUUGGUCUUAACCAGUAUGCACUUUCAUGGAUGUCAGUUCAUUUGAGGUAUUUUUUUAACAACAAGAGUAAUUUCAUCAAUUUUACAAGGUUAACGUUUAGGCCUGUUUACACCAAGACAAACAUUCAUUGUGAUAAACAUUUGAAUUUUAUGAAACAGCUGAUAAUGUAUCUGACCAGACUGACACAAACAUUUGCAUGCCGUCAAUGUGACAUUUUUAUAUAUAUGUUGUUC